AUGACGAUUACCGCCACUUACUGGCUAAUGGACGAUGGAAUCGCUAGACGUGCCUGUCCGGAUCUGCAGAUUGCCCAAUAUUAUCUUGGAACCCCCGGCGGUAGAGGCAAGGAAACAAUUAUUCAGCGCAGAAGUAGGAGCGAGAAUAUUUUAGACAUUGCAGGGAAGAUUCGCGAAGAGGAGGGGGCAAAGAAGAGAGGAAAAUAG